AUGCAUGGGCGAAAACAACCCUGCAUUACUGUGCUUAAACAGGUUUGUCGCGGAAGACACCAAUGUCGACUCACCACUGUUUACAGUAGUCUUAUAGGGAAUGAUGGAAGUAAGCCAGAAUUUUUUUUCGCAAUGCUACCUACCUCAUAAGUGCAAACUUGGGAAAUCUGAUUUUGUGUGCAAGUCCCAACUGAUCGGCGGCUUGAAUGGAACACAGCCCCCGACUUUUGAGUUUAUCGAUAAAUCGUUUAGUCAAAAUAGCCAGUGUUAAAAUCGUUUAAGUGAGCAAUUAAAAUUGUCUUCUGAUGAUCUGAGAAGAUACUUUUGACAAUUUUGGGUCCUUUUUUUACUUCAAAAUUGGCUCGUACUAAAAUUCAGUUAAGCGUAAUCAAUACCAUUGCAUCGAUUUUUGACACUACCUUGGUUUUAGUGGGACAACUUAGAAAGGCCUAAAACCUUUAACCUUCUUGGCGCCUUUUUAACAUAAAAGGAAAAAAAUAAAGUCAAGGAAGAUCAAUAUAUAUAAGAUGGGCAAGAGAAGGAGUGUUUUCCUGCGCGUUAAUAGACCUCUUUAGCUUUUAUGUUUUCUUUUCUCUAUCAGGGAGGUCUGAGGGGAAUUUGCCCCUUUUGUCUUUUCAUAACUUCUGCGUAUAUAUGCACAGGAAUAAGACGAAAUAUGAUUGAAACAGUUCUCUAGAGUAUUAUCAGCUAAAGAGAUCUAUUUAUCCUUUCCAUUCUCCUUCAAAAGCAUACCAAGGAAGCUGCUGCAAAACCUGAAGUCCUUUUUGGAAGAAUACUGAACGCAAAAAGAAAACUCUCAUGCUCAUGAGCUGUAGGAAAGACCCUGAGAACAGGGGCGGCUUUCUGUAUUAAUAAGGUUUGAGUUUCUUUAAUUAAGAAUUGGAGCAAAGCAGUGGUUAGUUCAGCAACUGAGGCUUCAAGUGUUUGUGGCAACAACUGCAGAAACCAUGCCAUUAAGCCUAUCAAGUGCCCACUGAGUAAGCAAAUUAUGCGUUCUGUCCGUGCAACGUGCUGUGAUUCAUAAAUUCGAUUCUCUAGUCGUCACUUACUGCACAUGCUUUAAAUAAAUGCAUAUCGUUUGCCUAAGGUGCGGUCCCUUUUCCCUAAUAAAAGAGGUGAAAAUUACACUGCAUUAUAGGAUUAAACAAAGCCAUAUUUUAAAAGGGCCUAAUAAAGCAACAUAUUAUUUUUUAGUGGGGGCUCGGAAUGUUUCAUAUGUGUUCAUACGCUUUCAAGAGGACUUCAUUCUGGAAACAAAGCACAUGGGGUUUUGGGAAAAGGACAGUAAACCACAUUUAGUGUCACUGACACUAAACAUAGUGUUUGCAGGUGCUAUAAGCUGCUAUUUUAGUGUAACAAAAAAGGCGUGUCCAUGCUCCUUAUAUUACUUACUCAGUCUCCAAUAUAUAAGAUCGACUGUGGAUGUGUGCGAGACCACUCUUAAAAGGUGUUGCCUUUACAGCUUAGUUGCUCUGACCGUUAGAGUUUAAAAGGAAAAAUGAAGGAAGUGGAACGAUCGAGACAAAUGGAAGAUCUCCGUGAAGCGUGCGACGUUUCAUCAGGAGAGAAGAGGUAUUCGACCAAUCAAACAACGCGGAAUAAGAGGCCGAAACGAAAGUGUUCUUCAUUGUCCUACGUUGAGGCAAUAUCCUACGCUAUUCUCCACUCACCACUAAAACGAGUCACGUUGUCUGAGAUCUACGAUUUCAUCCAGAACAACUAUCCUAGUUUUACCCAGAAUAGAGUACGCUGGAAGAACACUGUCCGCCAUAACCUGUCACGUCACGAAUGCUUUCAGCGAGGAGAGAUCGCGAUGCACAAGGCUGGCUGUUACUGGCGGAUCCAUCCCAGCUUUUUGGCAGAGUUUAGCCAUGGAGAUUUUUCAAGACGUAAAUUGCGGCCGAAUCCUCCUUUGAGCCAGGAAGGUACGGGCAAUAAUUUGGUUCAUAACUACUCCACUAUUCAAAGUCCAUUCUUCCCCGGCUAUACUUACAACUCAAACCCGCCAUUUCCAGCUCAAUCCCUUGGAUCGCUGCAUUUUAACCAGGGAGGCAUUCCCACAGUUUACAAUCAACAUUUCUGUUUACCCUGGCAUCACUGCAUUCUCAACGGGACACCGUUUAGUUAA